AUUAUUUACUACUUGGUUUCAAACACGAAGAAAACAUAUUUAAAACUCAAUAUAGUUAAAACAAGACAAGUUUUAAAAGAUACCUUUGUUCAAUGUUUAUUUUACAAAAAAAACUUUUGUCUUGUUGCAUGUGGCCUUUUAUAUGUUUGAUUUCAUUGAUAACCCUAAAACGACCCUCUAUGUCCUACGAUGCCACAUUGCCACAUCGUGUAUUGUUGUUUCAAGAUGGCGGAUGAUUUACACGCGAAGGGCAAAGAUCUUAAAGAUUUAAAGGUAUGUUUCACUGUUUUGCGUCGAGACAUUUACAUCUUUAUCACAGAAUAUGAACGAAAUCAUAAUUGCUGCUUACUUAACUGCAUAGUAGAAGUGUGAAGUUAUUGGUUAUUUAAAAAUCUGAGUAUAAUAUUAUUUCCUACCCAACACGUCUCCAACAGGCCAUUUAUAUGAUUCAUGACCACGUUCCAAUUUGAAUUUGGAAAGCAAACUUGUGUUUAGGCCAGGGCAAACAACAUAUCAAGCUCUAUUAUAAAACAGGAUUAUGAAAAUGUAACAGACUAUCACAAGUCACAUCUACAAAAUGGCCAUAACAUCCAAUAAACCACAAAAAUGGGCUACAUUCCAAUGUUAAUGGCUGUGCCCCUGUAUGGAAUGAGACAUUUUUGUGCACCAGAUAUGUGCGCCAAAUACUAGUAAAUAUGUUGCUGUAUAUUGCUAUAUUGCAUGUCCGGCACAGAGCGUUGACAUUCCAUACUGGGCUGUGCCGUUGUGGAACUGGCCCAGACUGGCCAGGGUGCAUUUUAAGUGGCCUAUGCCGAAGAUCUUCGGCGUGAGUUUGGCAAAUUACAAUACUAUCUAUAGUUAAUAUUGGCGUAUCUUCGGCGUAGACUUUACAUGGAAUGCACCCUGGCAGACUGGAAACUUUGCAGUGCACAUGGAAGAUCUUCCAUGUGCACACAAAAAUUCUUGUGUGCAAAUUCUAUCUUCAGCAAAUUCUAUCUUCAGCGGAACCACAGGUAUUUUUUUUAGGCCUAAGUGUUGGGGGCGCAAAAUUUUGUGAAAUAAAAUUUGUCUGUUCGCAUUUGUUUCAGGUGGUGGAAUUGAAAAAAGAAUUGCAAGAAAGAGGCUUGAGCAUAUCAGGGAACAAAAGUGACUUAAUAGCUCGUCUUGAAGAAUAUAUCUUAAAGCAGGGUAUGGUAGAGAUAUAUGAGUUGUUCAAAGCAAACUUGUGCUAUGCCCAGGCAAAUAAUAGUUGGGGGAGGACUUAAGAUAUUCUAACACGAAUGGCUAGAAAAGAAAAUCUCACACCAUUCCUCCAAGCAAGCUGUAUUGUAAAUCCACUUCAAAGUUUUGUGCACAGAUUGCACCAGCUGGUAGUUUGCAACUCCUAAAAAAGUGUAAAAUGUUAUUUCUCAAACUCAUUAAUAAUGCAAGCACAAAAAAGGAAAUGAGCGGCAUAUUGUUGAUAUAUUAAUAAGCACCACAAAUCAUGUGGCCCAGUUUCUGUUAAAUUACUUUAUUCAAGCUGGUCAAGCUUUUCAAAAAGCUUAGAAUGCCACUAACAUAAAAAAACUUUAACCUCUUAUGCAAAAUUGAGGAAAUUUCACAAUGGUAAAGUAACUUUUUCAAAUGAUUUUCGUUUCUUCACCUUCUCUUUGAGACAUGAAAUACAAUUAAUAGGUGCAUCAUCCUGACAUCCUCAGACAAAUUGAAACUUAGAUUGAUUUUCAACAAUAAUUUAUUACACUUGAGAAUGAAUAAUAUAUUAGUGUCACACAAACUUUCAAAUCAUUAGUAUUGCCUAACACACAAACUGAAAUAUCUCAGAAACAAAACCUUCAAAAUAAGUUACAGUACUUUAUACUACAAAGCAAGUUUAAAAGAUAAAUAUUAAUGCCCAGCAGAAAAUAUGUAAAAGAGAAGUAGAGGGACCAAACUGCCUUGUAAGUUGAGAGAGGGUUUGAGUUUGUUAAUGAGAAGACUUUCUCGAAUGAGGAGUUUGUAUGGAGAAGAGCAAUAAGAAAUAAUCUUAAAAUCAUUAAGAGAGGUGUUGUGGCCAGUGCUAUCAAGAUGGAACUCGAUAGCACCACGAUUUUCAACACACACUCUGGUGUUUCCAUUAAUAAUAGACCCCUUGUGUAUAACAUAUUUGUUCCUACUCUAUGUUGUUCAGGAGAUGAUCAGGAAGAGAUAGAAGUUGAAGUAGGUGUAUUUGACAGUGAGAUUGAGAAUAUUGGAGGAGAUCUUGAACAAGAAAUAAGUGAAGACACAUUCGAUGAACAUGACAGUGGAACUGACUCUAAGAAUGAACAAUCAGAUGAGAAGGUGUGUGCUAUCACAACCAGCAACCAUGACCUCGAAUAGUUCACAUUCUUAGUGUAUAUUAACAUUUGACUUGACAUGUAACUCUCAGCAAGGCAUCUCUGAGAAGGUUUGCUGAUACAGGGUUCUUCUUCCCCAGACCAUGCGAGUACUGGGCAUCUACAGACUACAGCACUAUGGGCAUGCCCAUUCCCCACCAACAGCUUUAGAAAUUUUGAUGGUCUGUACCAUCUGGUCUCAAAAUAACUUAUUGCUAUUUCUUAAAUUUUGUGCUCCAUAGUACUAUAAAGUAGCUUGAAGCAUGACAUAAAAAAAAAUUGCAAAGUGUUUUGUGCCAUUCAUCAGUAGGCUGUUGCGGUAUUUGAAAAAAACCCGAAAACUGAUAUCGGAAAAAAAGUACCG